AUGACGUCAGUCAAUGCAUUAGCAUUGGACAGUAUAGACAAUCGAUAUUUGCUUUCUGGUGGUGGUGAUUCGUCAAUAAAACUUUGGGACUUACAAUCUAGGGACGAUUCCAAGUGGAUGUCGACGGAUGCCGAGUCGGUUUACAAGCCUGCCUAUAUUAUACCUGCCAAGACUGUCCAUCAAUUUGGUAUAACACAUUUGAAAUGGUGGCCGGAUAAUGGCAUGUGGCUUUCGUCUUCCUACGACUACUCCUUGAAAGUAUUUAACUCGGAUACUAUGCAGCCGGUACAUUCGUUUAACCUGGAAUCGAGAGUAUUAAACUUUGAUUUCGAUCCUCAAGGCUCCAACUCACUAGUGGCAUGCUGCCUUGAUGGUGGCGUUGGUGGAAUCAGAUUGGUUGAUCUUAGAACUUUGGCAGAUUCACAGACAUUGGGCGGGGGCGGAAAAUCUAAAGGUGGCUUUGGAUAUAUGUUGAGCUGUGCUUGGUCGCCUACAGAUCACAAUUUGGUGGUGAGCGGGUCUCAGGAUGGUUACUGUAUAGGCUGGGAUAUCAGAGCAUCGAAUGGAUGUCUUUUCACCCUGGAUUACAAUUUGACUACGAGAAAUUAUACAAACAGUAAUCGACAGCUACUGUUUUAUGAAGAUAUACCAAGGGCACACAAUGGAGGGAUAAAUAGUUUGAUGUUUAACGAUGUUGGUACGGAACUAAUCACUUUAGGUACAGACGAAAAGAUUAGAGUGUGGGAUUUGACUACAGGGUCUAAACCUCUUAACAAAUCAAUAAAUUUUGGACCGUUGGUGAGAAAUAAAUCCUCUCAGUACGUUCAGAUGUGCCUAAGCCCGACCAUUGAAUCAGAGAUGCAGUAUCUUUGGUUUCCAUCUGAAAAUGGCGAGCUACUUAUUUAUCGGAUUCAGGACGGUAAACUAGUGGCAAGAUUGACUCGUCACGGCAAUGGACUGAUAUCGUCUAAAGUGCAUGCUCUGGUGUACGGACGAAACAAUUGCAUAAGAUAUUACGCAGGAUGUCACGAUGGUUCCAUAUCAGUCUGGGGGUAUGCUGAAGACGGUAUGGAGGAGGAUAAUGCUCCAGUAAAUUUUGAUAAUGGCGCAGAUAAUGAGCAAGAGACUACAGAUACCAAGCCUGUUGAUAUCUUAGACAAGAUAUACCAUGAGAUGAGUGCAUCCAAAGCUUAA